AUGAAUAUCAGGGAAAGUACAGGAUUUUACGAUUUAUGUGUGAAUGUACGAGGAAAUGAAAUAGAAAAUUUAUAUUCUGUUUUAUCAAAAUUAUAUGAAUAUGGAUUCAAAACAGUAGCAAUAAAUACUAAUAUAGAUGAAAGUGUUCUUGGAAUAGAUAAAAAAAAGAAAAAGAGAAAUGAUAGUGAAGUGUCACAAAGUAUUAGUUUCAAAACAAUCGACAUAGAAAAUAUAAGAAAAGAAUUUGACGGAAAAUUACAAAUUUUUAAUCGAAUUAGUUUUUGGUGUUCUGACGUUGCCAAAACACAUAUUCUUAAUCAUUGUUCUAAUUUUAAAAAAUACGACUUGUAUGCUUUUGUUCCAAAAACACAAAAUGCUUUACAAUUUGCAUGCACACAAUUGAAUGCAGAUAUAAUUACUCUAAGAUCAAAUUCAAUAACUUUUAAAUUUAAUAAAAAACUAUAUGAUCAAGCAGUUGAAAGAGGCAUACAUUUUGAAAUUCAAUAUAUAGAUCUUCUAAAUAUAGAAUGUAGAAAACAUACUAUACAUUAUGCUCAUCUUUUCCAUACUUAUGGGAAGAGUAAGAAUGUAAUAUUAUCCAGUGGUUCCAAUGAUGCUAAAACAAUUAGAAAUCCAUAUGAUCUAAUUAAUUUAGCAUGUUUAUUGGGCUUGAAUGAAGUUAAAGCAAAAGCUUCAAUAUUACAUCAAUGUAGAAGACUUCUGUUAAGAGCAGAAAGAAGACGGAGAGGAAAAGCUGCUUUUAUUAUCAAAGAUCAAACAAAAAGUAUUAAUGUUAUUGAAGAAGAUACAAAAACUACAAAAAAAGUAAAAUUAUAA